CUAUGACUAUUACACCAACGAGAAAAUAGAAAAUUCAACACAAAAGUCACCCACUUUUAAUGACUCCAAGUCAAGUAAACAACCUAUAAGAUUUUUCAAAACAACUAUAAACAAAGAUAAAGCUUUCCUCAUUCUUUCUGUUGUCAAUUUGUUCAGGGUUCUCACAGUGGCUGUGCUAAUGGCUUUCUUGGUUGUGUUGCUUGUGUUAUUCUUCACUAAGCCAGGAUUUUCACAGAAAACUGAUAGUAACAAUACUAACGUUAUCGCCAUGCGUUGUGGUCGUAACGAACUAGUAAAUCAGCCAAACUUUAUCAAGAAUCGCAACUCAACGUUUCGUGAUCUCAGAGCACAAUUAUUGGACCAAAGGGUACUUUAUGCAAGAGCGCAGGCUUUAAGUUCAGGAGACUCGGUCUUUGCAGCCGUCCAGUGCCGCAACUACCUCUCUACAGAUCAGUGUGUCGCUUGUUUUGAUGAAAGUGUUUCUGAACUGCUCAUCUGUAAUUCUGGAAAUGGUGGUUUUGUUAGUUUUGAUAAUUGCUAUGUCAGGUAUGAAGACUAUUCUGGCUUCUAUAACGACCCUUAUGUCAUGGCGGAUGCGGAUCAGACUCCAACUUUAGUAUGUGGAAAUCAAUCAGCAUCUCAGCCAACAGUAUUUAAUCAAGUUAUAGAUGCGUUUAUAUCGGAUAUCACAAAAGCUACGCCUAAAACCUCAAACUUCUAUGUGGCAUGCAAAUCACAGGUGAAAACAAAACAGUGUACGUGAUUGCGCAGUGUGUCGAAGGUAUGGCUCAGGACAGUUGCCAAACCUGCAUGAAUUCAGCUUAUGACACAUUGAAUGAUUGCUUUCCGAAUACCCAAGGAAAGUUCUUCCACCUUGCUUGUUUUGCAAGGUAUUCAGACACUCCGUUUUUUAAUGUCAAUCAGACAAUAGACAUUACAAAUCUCUUAAAAGGACAUUCAAGUAACAUAGCCGUAAUUGCUGCAGCCGUCGCUGGUGGUGUUCUUAUUCUCCUUGUCCUUCUUUCAUGGUUAUUGUAUCGAUCAUGGAAGAAGUCUAAGAAGACCGAACAAGAAUUUGAGGGGGCAGUACAUUACAAUUAUAAAGAUCUGCAGCUGGCAACCAAUGAUUUCAGUGAAGAAAAUAUAAUAGGAAAAGGAGGUUUUGGGGAAGUGUUUAAGGCAGUCCUUGAUGACAAUAAUGUGGUGGCAGUGAAGAAACUUCUAUUAACACAUAAUGGAGCAAAAGAAGAAUUUGAGAAUGAAGUUAAGCUUAUAAGUAACAUUCAUCAUCGAAAUCUUCUACGUCUCCUUGGAUGGUCCGUUGAAGGAUCUUAUUUAUUUCUUGUCCUUGAAUAUAUGCCGAAUGGAAGUCUCGACAAGUUCUUAUGGGGUACAAAAAGAGGGACUCUCAAUUGGGACCAACACUAUGAAAUAAUAUUUGGGAUAGCUAGGGGUCUUGCUCAUCUCCACAAUGAAUUCCAUAUCAAAAUCGUCCACAGAGAUAUCAAAUCUGCCAAUAUCCUCCUUAGUGAUGAUUUUAAACCCAAAAUAGCGGAUUUUGGGUUAGCAAGGUUUCAACCGGAGGACCAAUCUCAUGUUAGCACCAAGUUUGCCGGCACAUUGGGAUACACAGCACCGGAGUAUGCACUUCGUGGUGUUCUAUCGGAAAAAGUUGACACUUACAGCUUCGGAAUUGUGACUCUUGAAAUUAUUAGUGGCAAAAGAAGUACAGAAGUGAAAUCAGGAAGUCAAGAUACCGAUUACCUCAUAGAACACACGUGGAAGUUGUACGAGAAGAAAACGCAUGUAAAGGUCAUAGAUGAUACAUUAAACUUAAACCAAUACGAACAAGAACAUGUGAUGAAGAUCAUUGAGAUUGCCUUGUUGUGUACCCAAUCACCUGCUUCGAGUCGACCCACCAUGUCCGAAGUGGUUUUGAUGCUUCAGGAAGGCCAGUCGUUAGGGAAGCGAAAGCUAACGAGACCUACUUUUGUAAACAAUCAAGAUAGAAGGAUUCAUAUAGGCUGAUCAUGACCGAAGGACAUACAAGCAACUCAACGAUCACAAAUCAUAAAAGGCACGUACACAACAAAGUAGAUUUAAAGAAGGUUAUUCUAUAAAAGCAACAUGCUUUCAACUAUGUGAUUGGUAUAAUGAAUGAUAAUAAAUAAUAUGAAUGUAGAUACUUUUUUCUUAUGAAUGUAAUAACUUUUUUUAAGAAAAAAUAAUUAUUUAAAGUAAUGUAAAACACUCGGGUUUGUUCGUUUUUAUACAUACCACAAGGCAGA